AUGUCAUUUUCGUAUUGGGAUCCCAAAAACUUACUAUAUCUUUCACAUUGGAGAGAGUAUCAAGAGCUCAGACAAGAUAUGACAUCUCAACAGUUGGGGCUAUCUCUUAAUGCACUUUCACAGGGUAUUACCAAAGGUGAAAAUUUUUUAUCCGUACCAAUGUAUCAUCUUAGAAGGUCUGAUUGGUCUCCAAAUAUGAGAAAAUUUCAAACUCAUCCUCAAGGACUUGCAGAAAGAGAAUCUAAAUCCAGAGAAAUCAUGAGUCAAGCUGAAGAACAAGAGAAAUCAAGGGAUGAAGGAAGCAAACCAGAAAAGAAAUCAAGAAAACCUUGUUCUGAAGGAUACUAUUGUACUUGAGGUCUCUCUAAAGACAAUGCUUACAAAAUAAAUACUAUUCUUAAAAAGAAAAACUUAGAAUUCAUGCUUGCUUUAAGAGGGUUCUCUUUCCAAAUUAGAGAAACACAAACUCCAAUUACCAGGAAGAGAGCCUUCAAAUUUGUGUGUAAGUACAAUGGCUCUUGCGAUGCUGUAUUUGAUAGGAGCUGGAACUUGCUCGAUCACUGAAGAAUGCACUACAGAAUCAAGCCUUAUCAGUGUCCUAGAUGAGAUAAAAGAUUUACCCAAAGAGGUAAUUUGGGUAAACACAUUGCUACCCACGAGACACCCAAAUAA